CCGCCCAGCUGCCCUGCGUGCAAAAUUUGCGCCGCAUGUCGAUACUGGGAGUUGAUGACAUAGUGGCGUGGAAUGGGGCGAUGCAAAGCUACAGCAAAGCAAGGCAGUGGCAAAGUGUACUGCAUCUCUUGUAUGAGGCCCCGAAGUACGACCUGCAGCUGACUUUGGUCACCUAUGUCAUCGCAAUCAGUUCCUGCUAUGCAUGGCCUUUAGCCCUGGCUGUUCUUGAGGAGUUCCGGCGUUCGAGGCUACAGCAAGACAUCCAGGACAUCAACGCUUACAAUGCAGCCAUUAGCGCCUGCAACAAAGGUGAAGAAUGGCAAAGGGCUUUGCAGCUCCUGUCCAACUUGCCUCAAGCGCAGUUGUUGCCAGAUGUGGUGACGUUCAACACGGCUUCGAGUGCCUGUGGCAAAGUCUCCGAAUGGCAAAGGAGCUUGACAUUACUUCAACAGAUGCAGGACUUGCAGCUGGAAGCCACGGUGAUCAGCUUUGGUGCAGCCCUGUCAGCUGCCGAGAAGGGUCAGCAGUGGCCCCUGGCACUACAACUGCUUUCAGAGAUGAAGGAUGGUUUGGUUGCUGGGAACGUCAUUGUCUUCAGUGCCGCCAUCAGCGCCUGUGAGAAAGGCAGCCAAUGGCUUCAAGCCAUGCAACUCUUGGAAGACCUAAAGGAGGUUCGGGGUGAGCUGGAUGUGAUCUUGUUGGGUGCGGUGGUCAGUGCUUGCGGCAACAGUGGGCAGUGGCAGCAUGCGCUGGCACUGCUGUCCGAGAUGCAGCACGAUGGAAUUCAAGGCAACAUCAUUACCUACAACAGCGCCCUGAGCGCCCUCGAGAAAGCGGGGCAAUGGCGGUCGGCCAUGAGGUGGCUGUUCGAGGUCUCAAGGGAAGAGUCGCUGCAGUUAGAUGUGAUUAGCUACAGCGCAGCCAUCAGUGCAUGUGAAAAGGGAAACCG